CCAACACGGAGGAAAGCAGGAACUUUGGAACCAAAAUGCUACAAUAUACUACUACUAUAUACUACACCCAGGUGUUAAACAGAAUUAUGCGGAUCUUUUGCGGCCGUUUUGUAGAGCUUGCUUCGCUCUAUCGAAUGGUACCCCAAGUCUGCCAGGAAAACAAAAACACUUUGAUUCAUCUGGAAAUACGGAAAAUGGAAUGCUGGGUCCCUCAAGGAGACGUACUCUUCAACUAUAUCAUACGAGCUCCCGCUUAUACCGCUACCCAAAAGUAUUUCUUGCGCAUUUGUUGGCGAUUUUGAAUUGUACAAAACAGUCAAGGAUGAAGCUAAUCGUGAGCAGUUACAAGACCAC